GGGUGCGGCUGAGCACAGCACAACAGGUGUUCAGCAGAUCUGGGAAAAGCAAAGAGAGAGGGAACGAGAGGGAGGAAGCAGUCUCAUACAGAACAGUCACAUUUUUUUGCAAUUUAUCAGGAGUUUGCCUGUCUUGGACUGAAAAUCUACAAUGGAAGGAGAAGUGGACGACGAGGACGAAACUUUUACCAACAUUUCUCUUGCUGAUGACGCAGACGGUGGCACUGCUGCACAGCGUUCCAGGAAAGACAACGAAUACUUCAUCAUGAAUUGUGACUUGGACGGGGACGUGGAGAACCAGGUGGAACUGGAGGAGAAGACGAGACUCAUCAAUCAGGUGUUGGAGCUGCAACACACAUUAGAAGACCUCUCGGCAAGAGUGGAUGCAGUGAAGGAAGAGAACCUGAAGCUUAAGUCGGAGAACCAGGUUCUGGGCCAGUACAUCGAGAACCUGAUGUCUGCGUCCAGCGUCUUCCAGACGACCGACACCAAAGGGAAGAGGAAAUAAAGUAGUGGAAGAGACCAGAAGAAGAAAGUGGAUGUGGCGGAUCCUCCCAGUGCUCAUCUUACUUCAGUCGACUCUGUCUGUUACCCCCCUCCCCCCCUAUCAGACUCCUCAACCUCAAUGUGAGACCCUGUUGUUCACAGUUUUCACCCUCCUUACUAAGCAGGGAUACAUCACUUGUGCGUGUGUUUUUUUCUAAAUGAUGUGUUAUUUAUUUUUUCCAUUUAGUUGUUUAUUAUUUUGUACAAAUUGUUCCGUAGCCAGAGGUGGACAAAAGUAAAAGUGGACACUAAAUGUCCUGUCAUGUAUUACCUCUGCCUGUGCUCUCAGUACAGAGGAUUUCACUGUAAAGCUCAUCUACGUUUGCCUGGUUAACACCAGACGAUCUCACAAGUGAGAUCGUCUGGAGGCUACCUAUGCAAUUUCUCGUUGGAAAGGUGUGGUUUACGAUUGCCCAGGGCCGUUUACUGGGCGUUACGCAUGUGUCAUUUGGCAUUAUCUGUAGCCCAUAACCAAUCGUGUCAGUUGUAUCUAUCACCUUUCAAACCCUCCCCGCUUGAUUGGAGCCCAAGACCUGGAACCCUCACUGAGGGACAGAAUCCAUGCUGUCUUUCAGAUUGGAACGAUUGUGCAAAGCAGCAUGGGUUUUCCCAGGCUACAUCUACAUGGCAUCAUCAAGUGGAUGAGUGAUUUGGCUGGAACAAAUAACAUGGCAGGAAUUUUACUUUCUAAAGCCCGGGAUGCACCUCUGUAGCAUAUUACAUUGGGAAGCCCAGUCCAGUUCAGUCCAGUCCAGUACUUUCUGCCACUUGACAGUAUUAUUGUGUGGUUGGGGUUGGUGAGUGAGAGGAUGUAGCCUGUGGCACAAAUGCCAAGAUCAUCCCAUGCCCAUCACGUUGCAUGUAUGAGUCUGACUGUUGGCAUUUUCCGAACCCAUAUCCCAUCACCUUCAUCCACACAUUUCCUAUCAUCAUUUUUCCUCUCAUAACCAAUUAAGGCCAAAAAGCCCCAAAAUGUAACAUUUUGUUUUGGGAGUAAGUCAGGAAAGGGCUGUCAGACAGGGCCCAGUGAAGUUCUGUAGGGUUGAAUUCAAUACCAGUUACAUGUUUUUUUUAAUCUGUUAUUGUUAUAGGAUUUUAUUUUGUACAACGAUCAAGGUUGUAUUUGCUGUGAAACACAAGAUAUUUGUCAGCAAAUUAAUUGUGUGUUUAUUGUACUGCACAAAGAACUGUGUCGGUGUGGAUGUUGAUCUGAUUCCGUUCAUGAGUCAUUGACUCUGUAAUCCCAAAUUCAGUUAGCUGUGGUUUCCCCUCAGCCAAAAUUACACAGUGCAUCUCUAUUAUUUGUUUUUAUUAAACUUGUAUUGGCACAAGUGAUAUGGAUAAUGGUUGUGUGGGGUUGGUUUCUAAGCCUGCAUGGGAGAAAAAGGGACGUGUGAGGAAGUAAUAUCAACAUGUAUUAUCAGCUGGCACCAAGACGCUUGUGAACCUACUGCACUGAACGGCUUAUUGAAUCUCAUAGCAGAUGUCUUGGUUCCCUAAAAUCUGAAGGAGGCACAGGAGGCAUAAUAGGGUGGGAAAAUGCCUCCGCAGUGACAAGUUAUGACAUCUUGAGGAUUUUGAGACAAUGUUUUGGUGUGAAUGGUUUGCCCCAGACACAUAAGGUGAAUGAGACAUUGGUUUCUCUAAAACACUACUUAUGUCUUAACUUUUGGUUUGUCUUGCAAGGGUUCCUUCAUUACAGUGGUAUGAAAGGAGCUACCUUGUGCAUAAGUACAAUAAAUGUAUUGCCUAAAACACUUGUUUGGUAUUAAAAAUGUGAAAAUAUU